AUGUUAAAAAAGGAAAGGGAUUCAGAGGCUGUCGCUAGAUCGGAAAUUGAGGAUAUGGAGAUUUUACGGGAAGAAAGAGGGUUAAGUGAGGAGGAGAAAUGGAUUAUGUCGGAAAAUACUAGGUUGGUUCAAGAAAUCGAGGAAAAUAGAACUAGAGAUUUGCGGCAGAGGUCGAGGGUUAAGUGGGCUAAGGAUGGCGAUGAGAAUUCUAAAUUUUUCCACUCUAUAAUUAACAGUCGGAAGGAUAAGUUUAAAGAGGAGUUGAGUUUUCGGCACGCAGUGAUCUGCGAUAAUAUUAAGAGGAUUAAUCCAGAGGAGGCCUCUAGUCUGGUGGCGGGUUUUAGUAGCGCUGAAAUCAAAGCUGCGGUGUCGGACUAUGGCAGCGAUCGGGCCCCUGGCCCGGAUGGUUUGAAUUUCAAGUUCCUUAAGCACUUUUGGGAUAUUUUUUAUUCGGAUUUUGUCCAGGUCCUGAAUGAGUUUCAUUCUAGUGGUUCGGUUCUUUCGAGCCGCUUGAUUAAGGUUUUCGAGAUUGGUGCAGUCGCUGGUGUUCGGCUUCCGAAUUCCGGCCCUUCUUUGUCUCAUCUUCUCUUUGCGGACGAUGCGCUUAUUAUCGGGGAAUGGUCGGAGGAGAGUAUCCUCAAUGUGGUGAGGAUCCUCAAAGGUUUUCAUAUCUGCUCGGGUCUCAGAAUCAACCUAGCUAAGUCAAACAUUUAUUGUAUAGGCGUUUCUAUCUCCGAGUUGGAUUCGAUGGCGUCGAUGGUUGGAUGCAAGUCGGGCCAGCUUCCGUUGAAGUAUCUUGAGCUUUUAGUAAGAGCUAACAUGAAGCGUACUGCUAACUGGAGGUCGGUAUUUGAGCUUUUUGAGUCCAGGCUUUCGUUGUGGAAGGUGGCGGUGCUUUCUAUUGGGGAGAGAGUCACACUCAUCAAGUCAGUUAUAGAAUGCUUACCUAAUUACUUUCUCUCGUUGUAUAAAGCGCCCGUGGGAGUUCUGAAGCAACUCGAGUCUAUUAUCAGGAGAUUUCAAUGGGGCGGAACGGGUAACUUAAAUAAAUUGAGUUGGGUUUCAUGGGAGCGGGUGGCUUCUCUUAUUGAUUGUGGUGGGCUCGGCUCCAUAAACACCUCGCUUCUUUUGAAAUGGGCUUGGCGAUUUAAAACUAAUAAGGACAGUCUUUGGGUUAAGGUCAUCUCGGCUAUCCAUGCGUCCAAAAGGAGCGGUGAUUUUCUCCCGGUUAAGGUGUCGUUAGGAGGAGUGUGGGGUAACAUCGUUAAAUUGGGGAUCAUUGGUGAUGGGAAGGAUGUGGCUUUCUACUUGGAUCCAUGGCUUGAUAGGGGUCCUCUUAAAUUUCGAUAUCUAAACCUUUACGAGCUAGAACUUGACAAGAACUGUGUUGUUCGUAAUCGGAUCAUUAGACCGGUUUCAAACCCGGAUGCUAGCUGGAAGUGGAAGAGACCCCCGGAUAGCAGUGUGGAACUGGCUGAGUGGUCGGCCCUAUGCUCCCAACUUCGUGAUGUUGAUCUGUCUGAUGCUAGAGACAAGUGGCGGUGUGAGGGUGAAGAGUCAGGAGAGUUCAGUGUUGGGUCUGUCAAGCGGCUUUUGGCUUCCAAUAUCGAUAGUAACGAGAGGUUUGUUUGUGAGUGGUGUAAAUGGGUUCCGUUGAAAUGGGAAGAGACGGCGAUGCAUUUGUUUACGUCGUGCAGUCUUGCGAUGUCUAUCCGGUCUAAGGUCAGCAUAUGGUGCAAGGUUCCUUUUUUGGUGGCCUUUUCGUUUAAGGACAUCUUGGAGGCUCAUUGGUUCAGCGGUUUGAAAGGAAAGGAUCAAGCAGCUUAUCAAGGCAUUGUCAUCAUUGCUUGCUGGCUGAUUUGGAAGGCUAGGAACAAGCGGGUGUUCAGCGUUAAAGUCCCGAAGGCCGAUGAGAUUUUCUGCUCGAUCAAAUUGCUCGGGUACCUUUGGUUUAGAGAUAGGUCCAAGUGUAUAGAUGUUUCAUGGGAAACUUUGUGUAAUUUUGUAUAG